AUGGAUGAAAAUAAUAUAUUAGAAAUAAUUGAAAAAAGUGAAUAUAAUUCAAAAGAUUUUCUUAACAAGUAUUUUGACAUUUACAUAAGUGAUAAUAAUGAUUCUUUGAAUUUUGAAAAUGAUAAAGAAUAUAAUAUUAUUGAAAAAAAAAUAAAAAUUUUAAAAAAUUUUAUUAAUGAGGAAAAAAUUAAAUUAAAUAAUAAAAUAAAUCAAGAAACUACAAAUUUUAAAGAAAAAAACGUUCAUGUUAAAAAAUACAUUGACAACAUAAUCAUCUCAAAUAUAAAUAGUCAUGUUAUUGUAAAUCAAAUUAAUCAUAAAAACAUAAAUGAAGAUGAUGGAUCUAGUAAUAAUUGUCUUAAAAGUAUAUCCCAAAAAAAAUAUGAGAAUAUGUCCACUCAAUUAAAGGUUAUAGAAUAUAAUACCUACAAUUAUGAACAGAAAGGAAACUAUGGAUAUAGUAAACAGUUUGAUAGCAACGAAGCAGUGAAUGAUACGUCAACAAAAAUAAAAGAAAAUGGCGACGAAAAUAAAGUAAACGAGCUGGAAAAAGUGAAAACGGGUAAAAAUGACACAGAGUUGUUAGAAAAAAGUAUUGAGUUUAAGGAAAUUUUGGAUAAAAUUAAAAAAAGUUUAUUAUUUUUGAAAUGCUAUCCAUCUAUAGAAAAAAAUAUAAAAGAAUUAUUAUUAUUAUCAAUAGGACAUUCAAAUAUAGACACAAAUGAAAAAAUAAAAAAUGUGUUAAAAGUUUAUGAUAAUUUAAUAUAUAUUAAUGAACAUGAAGAAAUUAUAAAAGAUUUAAAAAAAAAUUAUUCUUUUGAAAAAUUUUAUUCUAUAUAUUCAAAUAAAUUUUUUGAGGAUUUGUAUUUUUUAUUAAAUGAAAUUAUAUUUGCAUAUAUGAUUAACAAUAUUAAUAUUAAUAUUAACGAAAUUGUAAAUAUAUAUAUAUAUUUAUUAAAUAUAUAUUUUAAUUAUAUAAAUAUAAAAGAAUAUGAUUAUGAAUAUCAAAUAACUCAUAUUAGUAACAAGUUAAUUCAAUAUCUUAUUGAAAACUAUUUUUCAAAAACAUUUUUAAAAUUUGUUCAAUCAAAACAGAAUAUAUUAAUAUAUAAUAUUAUAAUUAUUUAUUAUGAAUAUUUUACAUCAUUUAUAGAGGAAAAAAAAGAAUCUAUGAUAAAUGUUCUCCAUAUUUUUAUGAACAAAUUGAAUGUCAUGCUUCAUAAUAGUCAAAACUUUGUUGAAAACAAAAACAUUUCAGAAAUAGAGAAACAAAUUUUUGAAUCGUCAAAUAAUAAAACAAAUGAUCAUUUUAUAUUAUCAUUACAUAAAGACGAUAAUAAUUUAAAAGAAUAUGAGCUAUAUCAAAAACAUAUAGAUACAUUUUUUGUUAAUCUUUUUAAAGAAACCAUACAUGUUGUAUGUGCAUAUAUAGAAGAUUCUAAAAUGUUAAAAAAUGUUGAUGAUAAUACAAACAAAAAUAAUAUGAUAUUUAAAAUUAUGGACUCAAUAAAUACAAGCAUAAAUAUAUUAACAAACAUGCCUUUAUUUAUAAAUAAAAAAAAUAUAUUACAAAAAAUAUUAAAAGAAACAAUUUUUAUUAACAAAGAAAUAAUAAAUGAAUAUAUAAUUAAUGUUACAAAUAUUUCUAAAUUUUAUAAUGAUAGUUUUGAACAUAUAAAUUCAAAACUUCGAGAUUUUGAUAGACAUAAUUUAUUGUUACAAAAUAAACUUUUAAUAUUUUUUACAGAUUUACAAAAUGAUAUAAAAAAUAUUAUAGACAAUAAAAUAAAUGAAAUUAAUAAUAAUACUAUAUUUCAUUUACACUUUUUUAGAUUUCUUAUAUUUUUCUCAUAUAUCCAUUAUAUUGAUACUUCGUUUCUUUUACUUUUCAUAAACAUAUAUAACUUUUUAUAUGAAAUCAUUUAUAAUAUUAAAGAUGAAAUCAAAAGUAAAGAAAUGCAACACACAAAUAGAAAAAAAUAUAUAAAUGAUCAUAAUAUAUUUGAUCGAGGUCACCAAAGUUAUAGCAUUGAUAUUUCUAAAAAAAAUAAUAAAAUAAAUGAAAUAGACAAUGAAAACAACCAAAUAAUUAUUGACGAAUCAUUACAAAUACAAGAAUAUUUUAAUACCUCGAAUAUGGUUAUUGAUUAUAUAAAAAAUAUUAUCUCUAUUUUUUUUAAUUUGUUAAAUAUAUUUGAUAUAAUUUUUAAGGAUUAUAUUAAAUUAUCUUCUUAUAUUUUUGAUAGAACUUAUUACUAUUUUAAUAAUAAUAGUUAUACAAAUAUUUUAUGCAAGUCUUACAUUUCUAAAGAAAAAACAUACCCCCCAGAAAUAUAUGCCAACAUAGCGCAUCUACACAAUUUUUUUUUUCACGGAAAUUUUUCGAAAAAAAAAAAAAAAAACUAUACGCAUAAUUAUAAUGAAGAAUCUACAUCCCUAAAUCAUGAAAAUCAAUUAACAAAAGAAAAUACCAUGUCUAUGCAAAAUGAUGAUUCUUCUUCAAGUUCAGUAUAUAAAGACAAUAAAUCGUCAAUAAAUGCUGAAAAAAAUGAACAAACUGAUGAGGAAAACUAUAAUUCUAUAAUUUUUGAAGAUAGUGAACUGGAAGAAUAUGGAAAAUAUUUACUAAAAUUAUCUAUGUGCAAAUUAAAAGAAAUAAAAAAUGCAAUUGAAAAAAAUGUAAUUCAUUUCUCUUUAAUUCCUUUAUGUGGCUAUUUAAAUAAAUAUAUAGAAAAAAUUCGUUACAUAAAAUAUGAUGAAAAUAUCCAAUUUUUUGAUCCCCAUGAAAAUAUAUGUUUAUUAGGGGAAGUUAUUUUUUCAUUUAUCGAAAUAUAUUAUGAAAAUAAAAAUACAAAUUUAUUACAAGAGUUGUUUUCACAUUUAUCAGAAAAAUAUUUUUUGCUUAUAAAUACAAUUAAAAUUGUAAAUAAAAAUAUUAUUUUGCAAAUACAAGCGGAUCUUAAUUAUUUAAUUAAUGUGUGUACAAAAUUUAAAAUAAAAAAUUACAAGUUUCUUUUUUUACUCAAUCAUUUUCUUUCCUUUUAUUUUGUUAUAAUUGGUAAUAACGAUUUUGACACCAUUGAUAUUUAUACUUCUUUUCAAUCCUAUGUAAAUGAAAAUAUAGAAAAGGAAAAACAUAUUAAUUUGGAAAUAACUUGUGAUGAUAUUUCAAGAACUACAAUUAAUAUGAUCCAUAUUUUUAAAGAACAAUGA